GUGCCAGGGCCUUCCCUCUGGCGCUCUCCAUCUCCGGCCCCUUUUUUCUCCGCCUCACUCCACCCCCUGAAGGCGGUUGGUACGUUCUGGAUGACUCUAAGAGCUUAAAAAGGGCCCGGGAGGGCGGAUCCCGCAGAUUUGGUCUUGUUCGGUGCGGUGCACUAGACUGGUCUUCGGUGACUCCUAGACUUGAAUCUCGAUACCCUUGCGAGAGCUUUUAGUGCAGCGGGGUCCCGGGCGUUCCGGGUCCUGGGUGUGUCGGCUGUCCAGCCUGCAGCCAGGGUCCUCCGCAGCCGGUCUGGAGGGACCUGCGGGGAUGGAACGGACCCAGCUGCUGAAGCCACGGACCCUGGCCGACCUCAUCCGCAUCCUGCAUGAGCUCUUCUCGGGCGACGAGGUCAACGUGGAGGAGGUGCAGGCUGUGCUGGAAGCUUACGAGAGCAAUCCUGCCGAGUGGGCUUUGUACGCCAAAUUCGACCAGUACAGGUACACUCGAAAUCUUGUGGAUCAAGGAAAUGGGAAGUUUAAUCUGAUGAUUCUGUGCUGGGGUGAAGGACAUGGCAGCAGUAUUCACGAUCACACGGACUCCCACUGCUUUUUGAAGAUGCUGCAAGGAAACCUAAAGGAGACGUUGUUUGCCUGGCCUGACAAAAAAUCGAAUGAGAUGAUCAAGAAGUCAGAAAGAACCCUGAGGGAAAACCAGUGUGCCUACAUUAACGAUUCCAUCGGAUUACAUCGAGUAGAGAAUGUCAGCCACACAGAGCCCGCCGUGAGCCUUCACUUGUACAGUCCACCUUUCGAUACAUGCCAUGCCUUUGAUCAAAGAACGGGGCAUAAAAACAAGUCACCAUGACAUUCCACAGCAAAUUUGGAAUCAGGACUCCAUUUGUAAGUAUAGUUUCCUGGGUUCAAAUGACUUAGUUCAA